GUUGCCGCAACACUUGACGGCAGAUUCCAGCAGCAGUGGCUAUGGCUUCCUCGUUGAUUUGUAGCGAAACACAGAGCAGGGUGAGUUCGGUGCUAAACAGGGACGUAAAGCAGUAUGGGAAAAAGUUCAUGUUCGACUGUAAUGAAGAGACCUGUUGGAGCUCGGACCAGGGGGACUGUCAGUGGGUGUCGCUGGAGUUUCCCCAAACUGUAAAAGUCUCUGAGGUAAAACUGCAAUUCCAGGGAGGCUUCUCGGCCAAGACGUGCAGAUUAGAAGGUCGCCUCAAAGACGGAGACUUCUUAGGGCUGAGCCAGUUUUACCCAGAAGACAAUAACUGUCUUCAGAGCUUUCCCAUACAGGAGGCCCCCACCGUGGACAAAGUAAAAAUACUGUUUGAGAACAGUGCAGACUUUUUUGGGAGAAUCAUUGUUUACUCUUUGGACAUUUUGGGGGAAAGAACCUCGUGACCAUCUUUUUUAUGCUCUCAUGAGAGAGGAAAUGACCCCUGGCCAAAGUACGCGGUGGUGUGGUGACACUUGGAAAACAUGUCAUCUGCAGUGCCACCUUGUGAACUGAUGCGAACGUGGCCUUUUUUGGUAUGGCUGCGUUCAGACAUCCGCUCAGAGGUUUCACUCUUUACAUCAGUAAAACAGAGAAAUAUGCGCAUGUUGGAUAUGUCGGUGGUCAAAGGUGAUGUACAAGGUUUGCUGGGUUUCCAGAUGCACGCCGUGCCUUUUUGAAUUAAACGACCACUCGCGUCAAAAAAAAUAAAAAUUUAUUUCAACUUUUAUACAGAAUGCUGUUUCUCAAUUUUAGUCAAAAUAAUUCUGCAGCACAUAUCACGUUUUAUUCAUUCUAUCAUCAUAGUUUUUACACACAUUCUAAGUCAUAAA